AUGCCAAAGAUCUCCCCAAUCAAGCAGCUGACCGACGCUCACGAUGACGGCAUCUGGGCCGCCGCGUGGGCGCCGCCGACGGACGCGCGGCCGCAGGCGGUGCUGCUGACGGGAUCCGUCGACGAGUCGGUGCGCGUGUGGGCUGGCGACGACCUCACGCCCGUGCGAUCCAACACCGGCCACACGCUGGGAGUGGUUGCCAUAGCGGCCUGCCCGGUCAGCGGCAGAGCAGCGGCGUCAGCCCUGGACUGUGUGGUGAGGGUGUUUGACGUGGACUCCAACGCCACUGUCGCCACACUCGAAGCCCCGCCUGCUGAGACCUGGCACCUCGCCUUCCACCCCCAGGGCAGUUUUCUCGCAGUGGGGGGCGGCAGCAGCCAGGCUGUCAAGCUAUGGAGCACUGCCACGUGGCAGGAGGCCACCACUCUCGACCUGCCAGCUGGACCCGCAGCCCCGGCCACCGUGGGCGGCAGUGGCAGCAGCAGCACGACACUGGCUGGGCGGUUUGUCUUGUCUGUGGCGUGGAGCGUGGACGGCAAACGGCUGGCGUGUAGCAGCAUGGACGGCACUGUAGCGGUGUUUGACACGUCAGCAUCGCCCUUCCGGUUACUGCAUUUCCUGGAAGGUCACCACCUGCCUGUUCGCUCCCUCGCCUUCUCACCCAUCGACCCGCGCAUUCUCGUCACUGCGAGUGACGACCGGCACACGCACGUGUACGACGUGGAGGGCAGGCAGCUCAUAGCAGCGCUCUCAGGCCACACCAGCUGGGUGCUCUCCGCUGACUGCAGCCCUGAUGGGGCCACCAUCGCCACAGGCUCCAGUGAUCGCACGGUGAGGCUGUGGGACAUGCGGCAACGAACUGCCCUGCAGGCAGGGAAGGAGCACAAGGAUCAGGUGUGGGGGGUGACGUUCCGGCCCCCUGGGGGAGAAGGGGUCAGGGCGGGGCGGUUGGCCAGUGUAUCUGAUGAUAAGUCCAUCUCCUUGUACGAUUAUUCGUGA